UAAGUAACAAUACUCUGGGGAUAUUCCGAAGUGUUUUCUGAUGAGUGACAUUUUUGCCGCAAAGAAUGAGUAGAAAUCCUAUGCGAAAAUGUCUAACAUUUGCUAAAUAUUGCUUUUUAAGACAGAACAGAGCUAGUCAGAUUACAAGAACAUUAACUACAUUUAGCCUUAAUGAUGGAGAAGAUGAUAGGAUGUAUGUGGAUGGUAAUGGACAGUUAAGGGAGCGCAAGCUUGGAUACGAUGAACUCUACCCGGGCCACAUACCAACCUCUACUCUACAGAAAGUGCUCCUGUCCAUAGGCUCAGCAGGAAUGUCUCUCCUAGAUCCAAGCAGAGAUGACAUGAUUGCCACACUUGGAGAAACUACAGGGACCUGGGCUCUUCGGUCCAUAAAGGAGAAGAUGGAGGCUGAUCCUACAGGUCAAAGAAUUCUAACGGAACAACCAGUCAUCAACACAAACACAGUGUCCAUUGAUUAUUUGGGAAGUUUGCCAGAAGGCACAUUUGGAAAGAUAUACUGGCAUUUUCUUAGCAAAAAUGGAUUUUCUCCAGAUGCCAGAUUGCCAAUUCAUUUUGUAGAUGAUCCAGAGCUGAAGUACGUUAUGUUGAGAUACCGCCAAGUUCAUGACCUGUUCCAUUCUGUACUGGGGAUGCCACCUCACAUGCUGGGCGAAGUAGCUGUCAAGUGGGUGGAGGCCCUACAGACCGGACUCCCAAUGUGUGCCCUGGGGGCACUGUUUGGCCCACUGAGACUAGGCCCAAAGCACACCAAGAAAUACCUUGAAACCUAUCUUCCUUGGGCAAUAAGAAAUGGACAGAAUGCCAAGUUUUUAAUGGCUGUAUACUGGGAAGAGCACUGGGAGGAUGACCUAGAAACACUCCGCCAAGAACUGAAUAUAGAGCCACCCCCAAUCAUUGCCUCCAAGUCUUAAUCUACAGUUCACUGAACAUUUAGAUAACAUAAGAAUUUAUAUUAUGCUAUCAUGUUAAAUGCCAUUCUUGCAUUAAAGUUGCUUAUUAAUAUUAUUA